AGAAUGUUGGCUUCGAGAAGCUCGGCCCGCUCGUCGUAGUUCAGCGCGGCCGCUGAACUCAGCCAUGAGAAUUCGAACACGACAGAUGAAUGGCACAGUUGCAGAGGUCGAAGCAAUGCCAGAGACCAUCCUCCGUGAAUUCAAGCGCAAGCUCAAAGAUUUGCAUCAAGGUGAGAGUGAGACCACUCGCAGAUUGACCACGGUGCAAGUGGUUCUUGGGCUUCAGAAAUUGCACGGAGAUUUCAAAACGCUCGAAGAAGCAGGCAUCUCCGAUGACGUGGAGGUACAGAUUGUCUUCCAGGAGGUCGAGCCGGUGACACUUGCAGACAAAAAUGCAUAUCUUGGUUCCAUGGAGGAGCUGAAUUCUGUCAUCAUCCCACCUUGGCAUGAAGGAAUGCGACCUGCUGCCUUUCAAGCUUGCAGGUCUUUGAUACGAGUGGAAAUUUCUGACUCAGUGCGUGACAUUGGAGAAUUUGCCUUUAUGAACUGCGACCAGCUAACAACAGUGAUCCUACCUAGCUUUGUGCUCAGGAUCGGAAAGGGUGCCUUCAUGAACUGUCAGCGUUUGACAGCCUUGACAAUCCCCGAAUCGGUGACUCAGAUUGGAUGUGAAGCUUUCAGAAACUGCAGGUCACUGACUGAGGUGAAGAUACCCUCUCUAAGAGUCAUUGAAGCUUUUGCGUUCACGAGCUGCGUUGCUUUGGCACAUGUGGUCAUCUCCAACUCUGUUUGUAAGAUCGGAAACAGUGCCUUCAAGGGCUGCAAGUCCUUGGCAGCAUUGAACAUCCCCAGUCCGGUCAUCGGCAUCGGAAAGGAAGCCUUCCACAAUUGCUUCUCAUUGGCAGAAAUCACUCUUCCCAAGUCGCUGAGAACCAUUGACUCUCUUGCCUUUGCCAACUGCAGUGUGCUGGAACGAGUGAGAAUCCCGGACUCCGUUUCUCACAUUGGAAACUAUGCCUUUAGCAGGUGCCAUUCAUUGGCUGAUUUGAGCAUCCCUAACUCUGUGACGCACAUUGGAAGGGAGGCCUUCGGUCAUUGUGGUUCAUUGUGCGAAUUAACCAUCCCGAACGGAAAGGCUGUGCUUGGAGCUGGUGCCUUCAUGAACUGUGGCUCCUUGGAAUCUUUGACUAUUCCCACCUCGGUGUGUCUCGCGCCUGAUGCCUUCAGCGGCUGCAUCCGCUUGAAGACGCCGCAAGUGGCCUUGGAGGGUUCCGAUGGCACGUCGCGCGCGCACAAGAGACGAUGGCAGGAUGUAGAGUGAGGCCGAGUUGGCCCGAAU